UUCCUGCCUCGGCUGGAGUCGCCGUGUCCGCCCAGCCGCAGACGGUUUGUGCAAUUUAGAAACUCGAUAGGAGGCAGCAGCUGAUCUCCCACCUCCCUAAAAAUAAUCUGUGCAGCGCCCGGCGUGCUUCGGCUAGGGGAGGAACACUGCCUUCGGAGGAAAGCCUCCUGAGAAGAAAUGAGCCUCUCAUUCUGUGGCAACAACAGUUCUUCGUAUGACAUCAACUCUGGUGUGCUACAAAAUACCUGCUUUGUCGAUGCCCUCAAUCUGGUCCCUCAUGUCUUCCUCUUGUUUAUCACCUUCCCAAUAUUGUUUAUUGUUCGAUCCCACGAACUGAAGGCUACCUUCCUCGUGUAUUCCACGAUCCCACAGAGGAGGUUCGGCGUCUACUGCAAACUUCGAAUGCUCCAGGGGUUGAGUCUAGAAAGCCUGAUGUACAUCAAACGGGAAUGGCGGCGGGAGUCCAGACAUCUCCACCUCUUUAUGCCUGCUGUGAUGGGAUUUGUCGCGACCACAACAUCAAUCGUAUAUUACCAUAACAUCGAAACAUCCAAUUUUCCUAAAUUACUUUUAGUUAUAUUGUUGGUUGUGUGCUUGUUUACUGGUAUUUUAAAGGAUAUCAUGCACAACUUUAUGACACGAUAUCCUGAAAGAUAUGUAUUCUUCAUGGAUCCUCAGAAAGUAAAGCCUCCUGAAGAUCUCCAGGACCUGGGUGUGAGAUUCCUGCAGCCUUUUGUUAACCUACUGUCAAAAGCAACAUACUGGUGGAUGAACACACUCAUUAUAUCUGCUCAUAAAAAGCCUAUUGAUCUGAAGGCAAUUGGAAAAUUACCCAUAGCGAUGAGGGCAGUCACAAAUUAUGUUUGCCUGAAGGAUGCCUAUGAGGAACAAAAGAAAAAAGUAGCAGAUCACCCAAAUCGGACUCCUUCUAUAUGGUUAGCAAUGUACAGAGCUUUUGGGCGACCGAUUCUCCUUAGCAGCACGUUUCGUUAUCUGGCUGACCUGCUGGGUUUCGCUGGCCCUCUCUGCAUUUCUGGAAUAGUCCAGCGUGUGAAUGAAACCCAGAACGGCACAAACAAUACAACGGGAUUUUCAGCAACCCUCUCAUCAAAGGAAUUUCUUGAAAAUGCCUAUGUUCUAGCCGUUCUUCUCUUCUUGGCUCUUAUUCUGCAAAGGACGUUUCUGCAGGCUUCCUACUAUGUGACCAUCGAAACUGGCAUUAACCUCCGUGGAGCUCUGCUGGCUAUGAUCUACAAUAAAAUCCUUAGGCUCUCCACAUCGAAUUUAUCCAUGGGUGAGAUGACCUUGGGGCAGAUCAAUAACUUGGUUGCCAUUGAAACCAAUCAGCUCAUGUGGUUCUUGUUCUUGUGUCCAAAUCUCUGGGCCAUGCCUGUUCAGAUCAUCAUGGGAGUGAUCCUCCUCUACAACUUGCUUGGCUCCAGCGCCCUGGUGGGCGCAGCUGUCAUCGUGCUCCUCGCGCCCAUGCAGUACUUCAUCGCCACCAAGUUGGCCGAGGCUCAGAAGAGCACUCUGGAUUAUUCCACCGAGAGACUGAAGAAAACAAAUGAAAUAUUGAAAGGCAUCAAACUUCUAAAGCUGUAUGCCUGGGAGCACAUUUUCUGCAAAAGUGUGGAAGAAACAAGAAUGAAAGAGCUAUCUAGUCUCAAAACCUUUGCGCUUUACACAUCACUCUCCAUCUUCAUGAAUGCAGCAAUUCCCAUAGCAGCUGUUCUUGCCACAUUUGUGACCCACGCCUAUGCCAGCCGGAAUAAGCUCAAGCCUGCAGAAGCCUUUGCUUCGCUCUCCCUCUUUCACAUCCUGGUCACCCCUCUGUUCCUGCUCUCCACCGUGGUCAGGUUCGCAGUCAAAGCUAUCAUAAGUGUUCAAAAGCUGAAUGAGUUUCUCCUGAGUGAUGAGAUAGGCGAUGACAGUUGGCGACCUGGUGAAGGUUCUCUUCCUUUUGAGUCCUGUAAGAAGCACACGGGUGUUCCGCCGAAAACUAUAAACAGGAAGCAGCCUGGAAGAUAUCACCUGGACAGCUAUGAGCAGUCCACCCGCCGUCUACGUCCGGUAGAGACAGAGGACAUUGCAAUAAAGGUCACAAAUGGAUAUUUUUCAUGGGGCAGUGGUUUAGCUACAUUAUCUAAUAUAGAUAUUCGAAUUCCAACAGGUCAGUUAACCAUGAUUGUGGGCCAAGUGGGAUGUGGGAAGUCAUCUCUCCUCCUUGCCAUCCUUGGGGAGAUGCAGACACUGAAAGGAAGAGUUCACUGGAGCAAUGUAAAUGAAUCUGAACCUUCUUUUGAAGCAGCCAGAAGUAAGAACAAAUAUUCUGUGGCUUAUGCAGCACAGAAGCCUUGGCUAUUAAAUGCGACUGUUGAAGAAAAUAUUACCUUUGGAAGUCCUUUCAACAAACAAAGGUACAAAGCUGUCACUGAUGCCUGUUCACUUCAGCCAGACAUUGACUUACUCCCAUUUGGAGACCAAACCGAAAUUGGAGAGAGGGGCAUCAACCUGAGUGGGGGUCAGAGACAGAGAAUCUGUGUGGCGCGAGCUCUGUAUCAAAACACCAACAUAGUUUUCUUGGAUGACCCAUUCUCUGCCCUGGACAUUCACUUGAGUGACCACUUAAUGCAGGAAGGGAUUUUGAAAUUUCUCCAAGAUGACAAAAGGACACUCGUUCUUGUGACUCACAAAUUGCAGUAUUUGACACAUGCAGACUGGAUCAUAGCUAUGAAAGAUGGAAGUGUACUAAGAGAAGGGACUUUGAAGGACAUUCAAACUAAAGAUGUUGAACUUUAUGAACACUGGAAAACACUUAUGAAUCGGCAAGAUCAAGAAUUAGAAAAGGAUAUGGAAGCUGAUCAAACAACUUUAGAGAGGAAAACGCUCAGAAGAGCCAUGUAUUCAAGAGAGGCCAAAGCCCAAAUGGAAGAUGAAGAUGAAGAGGAAGAAGAGGAAGAAGAGGAUGAUGAUAACAUGUCCACUGUCAUGAGGCUCAGGACUAAAAUGCCUUGGAGGACCUGCUGGCGGUAUCUUACUUCAGGAGGGUUCUUCCUGCUCUUUCUGAUGGUUUUCUCUAAGCUCUUGAAGCAUUCGGUCAUUGUCGCUAUAGACUACUGGCUAGCUACAUGGACAUCCGAGUACAAUAUAAACAACACUGGAAACGCUGAUCAGACUUACUAUGUGGCUGGAUUUAGUAUACUUUGUGGGGCAGGUAUUUUCCUUUGUCUUGUUACAUCUCUCACUGUAGAGUGGAUGGGUCUCACAGCUGCCAAAAAUCUUCACCACAAUCUUCUCAAUAAGAUAAUUCUUGGACCAAUAAGGUUCUUUGAUACAACACCCCUGGGGUUGAUUCUGAAUCGAUUUUCAGCUGACACAAAUAUUAUUGAUCAGCACAUCCCUCCCACUUUGGAAUCUCUAACUCGUUCAACAUUACUCUGCCUGUCUGCUAUUGGGAUGAUUUCUUAUGCCACCCCUGUCUUCCUGGUUGCUCUUGUGCCCCUUGGAGUUGCCUUUUAUUUUAUCCAGAAAUAUUUCCGAGUGGCCUCUAAGGACCUCCAGGAACUGGACGAUAGUACCCAGCUCCCACUGCUUUGCCACUUCUCAGAAACUGCCGAGGGACUCACUACUAUCCGGGCGUUUCGGCAUGAAAGCAGAUUUCAGCAACGUAUGCUGGAACUGACAGACACAAACAACAUUGCCUACUUGUUUCUCUCAGCUGCCAACAGAUGGCUAGAGGUCAGGACGGAUUAUCUGGGGGCUUGCAUUGUCCUCACUGCAUCGAUUGCAUCCAUCAGUGGGUCUUCCAAUUCUGGAUUGGUGGGGUUAGGCCUCCUUUACGCACUUACAAUAACCAAUUAUUUAAACUGGGUGGUGAGGAACUUGGCUGACCUGGAGGUCCAGAUGGGCGCAGUGAAGAAAGUGAAUAGUUUCUUGACUAUGGAGUCUGAAAACUACGAAGGCACCAUGGAUCCUGCUCAAGUUCCAGACCAUUGGCCACAGGAAGGGGAGAUCAAGAUUCAUGAUCUGUGUGUCAGAUAUGAAAAUAAUUUGAAACCUGUCCUUAAACAUGUCAAGGCUUAUAUCAAACCUGGGCAAAAGUUUGACGGGAAGAUUGUCAUUGAUGGAAUAGAUAUUUCUAAAUUACCACUACACACGCUGCGCUCUAGACUUUCGAUCAUUCUGCAAGAUNUACUUUUAUUUACUGACAAUUGUUUUCUUUGCAGAUUUAAUUUAGAUCCAGAGUGCAAAUGUACUGAUGACAGACUCUGGGAAGCUUUAGAAAUUGCUCAGCUGAAGAAUAUGGUCAAAUCACUACCAGGAGGCCUAGAUGCAGUUGUCACUGAAGGUGGAGAGAAUUUUAGUGUUGGACAGAGACAGCUGUUCUGCCUCGCCAGGGCCUUUGUCCGCAAGAGUAGCAUCCUUAUCAUGGAUGAAGCGACGGCUUCCAUUGACAUGGCCACAGAAAACAUCCUGCAGAAAGUGGUCAUGACCGCCUUUGCAGAUCGCACCGUUGUCACGAUAGCUCAUCGGGUUCACACCAUCCUGACGGCAGACCUGGUUAUUGUGAUGAAGCGAGGAAACAUUUUAGAAUACGACACUCCAGAAAGCCUCUUAGCUCAAGAAGAUGGGGUAUUUGCUUCAUUUGUCCGUGCGGACAUGUGAAAGCGUGUCCUAAAGCAAGAUGUAGAUUUAUCAUAAGACAGUCACAGCCUACUCAAUGAAGCAUUUGUAUGGACUUUGUGACGUGGCACCUUAAACUUUCCUAGAUUUUUGUGAGGUUUAUUCAUGAUGUUGUGGAGUCCUAUAAUUAGUAGUCAUGUCAUUUCCACAAUGAAUGUUACAUUUCUUGUGCACAACUUAGCAUACUGUCUAUUCUGUGUUUUUACGAAUGUUAUCUUAGUGCUAUUGCUUAACAUACUUACUGCUUCCGUUUUCCAAUGAUCAGCAGGUUGUGCUAAUGUAAACUGUAAGCUAAUGUGUCCUCUUUACAUGGAGAUCUACAACUUACCCUGUCUCAUAACUUCAAGUCUAAUAUGUUUCAGGCAUCGAAGUUUAAAUAAUAUUCAGUAUCAUCUUUUUAUUUGUAAGGUUAUACUUUUCUUUUUGCUGUGUCCCCAAAUAUCAUUGUGGGAGAAUAAAGGAAGGAUGGGUGUUCUAAGUAGUGAGAAAUGAAAUCCUGAAAUUCUUAGGAGAAUUUUUCUAUAUUCAUUAAUAUUAGCACUAUCUUAGUUUCUGAUAGCAAUUUUUUCCUCUCUAAUUUUUUCCUGUACAAAAAUAGAUUUCUCACUCAAGAAUACAUUGCAUUUAUUAUUUUUUAUAAAGUUUAGCCAUUCACUAGGAAGAUCGUGGAGGAGUUUGGAUCUUUGAAAAAUUGUGCUCUAGGUUCCAUGCUCUUGUAGCGACACAUAGAGCGUUCUGAAGAUACCUGGCAUAACGUGCCUUAACAAGACAAAAGCUCAACCAUAGUUAGGCUCAGCCCUACAGUGGUAUAAGUAAACUAAGCUCAUUGUAGGCUAUUCAUCAAUUAUUGUCUGUUAAUAAACUCUAAAAAAACAGUAAAAAUGUCCUUCACUGGUAUGUUAGCAACCAAAGCUUUAUUGCCCAUCUGUGUCCAUCAAAUGUCAAAUGUCACUGACUUUCACAUGAAACAUCUUAGGUAUUAUAAGACUGUGAAGAUUUAGAAUUGAUGAAAAAGGAGAAUCAUGCCCCUUCCCUAUACUUCUUGGGUGCCAUUUGUUUUCAUGUGUAGUCACUCUUGGAACAGAUGCUACACUUGUGUUGAGUUCUAUAAGCUCACAACAUCUCUGAAUAUACUCCUCACCUUCAUCCAAGUAUAAAGUCCUGAUGUUUUUAAAGACAAGUUCACAAGGAUGUGCACAGACCCUCUGUAUUAUUUAACAUAAAUUAUCGCCCUUUGUUGUAUAUACAAGUCUACACUGGGAGAAAAUAAUUCUCUGGUUGUCCCUUGAGAGCUAAACAUGACAGAAUCAAUAACCAUUAAUGCAAUUUUGAAAAUAUUUCUUAAAAACUCAGUCUCCCAAGAGAGUGCUGAUGUGCAAAUAUUUUGUAGGGCUAAGUUUGUGGAAUACUUGUUACCAAGUGAUGCUUCUUUUCUUGCAGAGAAAUUUCCCAUGGGAAUAAUCGCUAACAAUAUUUGAAACUAAUACUGCUGUGAAACCAGCAUCAGCAGAAUCAUGUCUGAUAGCAGGCAAUCACAUCCACUAGACUUGCACCCAUUGGUCAUUGGUCCCCUCACAACUUUCAGCCACUCAAGUUGAGUAGAUACCUAAUUUUUUACAAAAUAUAGGAUUUUACAAGAUUGACUAAAUAAAAUCAGGAUAUUCUUUAUUGGUUGACAACUUACUAUGUUACAUGUAUUAUUUAUUGACUGUAGAAAUUGUUCAUUUGAAAUGUUUUUCUAAAUAGGUACAUAGCUAUAAAAAUCAGCUGACUCUCUUGAAUUCUUUAAUAUUUGCAAAAAGCAAUAAAUGCGAAAGCUUCAUAUUAAAGUUAGAAGGUUUCUGGUGCCAUAGAGAAAACAUUUCUUCUAAAGCAUUGUACAUCCUCUACUUGUAUACUGUACUUAUGACCCAUAUAAUAGUUUACUUAACUCCACAUUAUGUAUCAGAAAACCCUCUAAGUAACUGAUACUUGAAAUUUGGGACCAUGUCUUGCUUGUCUUUGUACCCAUGGUACUUAAUACAAGGGCCUAGUCAAUUACCCUACUAAAUAUAGUUGAUUAAACUAUAGAUUAAUGUGUUAGUCCAGGUAGACAAGAGAAACAAAUUCAUGGACACUCAUAUGUGUAUAAGAAAGGGCUUUAUGUACA